GCCCGACUGUGACAGCUAGCUAUAUCAAAGGAAGUCACUGUCGGAAAAAAGGCCGGGUUGGGCUUCAGCUUUUUGGCAUUUCUGCUGCGAUUAACACACCCAAAACCUUUACCUUUAACAUGUCGAAAAACACGGUUUCCGCCCGCUUCAGGCGAGUGGACGUGGACGAGUACGACGAGAACAAAUUUGUGGACGAGGAGGACGGAGGAGAAAACCAGCUGGGUCCUGACGAGGCAGAGGUGGACUCUCUGAUCAGGCAAUAUCCUUUCUUCAUGAUUAGCUCAUAUGUGUGCUAGCAGGCUUUAUUUCCCGCUCAUGAAAAAAACAAAGUCGAGUACAAUGUUAUUCUGAUUUAUCUGCAUUAUUCUGUUCUGUGCUGUUUGCUGCAGAUAUGUCUGCAUGAAUGGGCGUUUUGCAAGUAGGCCAGUUACUGUCCAGACUUGCCUGGCAGUCACAUUCCUGGGAUUUCUGCUCCCAGGGUGAAAUAGCAGUGUAUGAAAAUGAACUGCAAGCUCUCCUGUUUGUGUUUAGGCACAUUUUUACAAUUUCUUAACCGUGCUGAAAAUAAAUCUAACCUUAUUUUGCAUCGUAAGUGAGCUAAGUACGAUCAGUGCUGCAGAAGCAUGGUUUAAGAAGCUGAUACCACUGUCAUAGUUGUUCCCUCUCAAUAUCAUGACUUUCUUAAAAGGUGUCUUUUGUGCUUGAUGUGUUUCUUUAAGUCUAAAUCCAGUUGAGUCUUUGGUUUCAGUUCAAUAGUCCUUAUAAGGCUUGAAAGAGCUCCACUUCCUCAUUGAAGACAGUCACCUCCCACAUUUAUCAAACUCAAGGAGAAUUAAAGGGUAAGUCCUCGUUUUUACACCCUGACUGCAAAAAUGUGCAACUAUUAAAACAAAAGAAAAAAGCAGUUUCCACUUUAAAAGUAGAAAGAAAUGCAUAGAAGUGACAAAAUAACUUUGCACUUCAACAAUUAUUACUGUAAUAUAAGAACCAGGACUGAGGUCUUGUCUGCCAUCACUAACAUUUAAGUUGAUGGACAAAAUAAAAGUUCUUCCACAAUAAAUGCAGCAGAAAAUCAGGAAGCAACAGUGAACCAGACAAAGUCAAAAAUAGCAAAGAAACAGAAGCAAAAAAAGACAUCAGCACAAAUGUUUAAUGGUCUGCAGAUUAUGACUCCCGUAGAGGAAAUGGGAUGUUUUGGUGAGUUACUGCCCAGCCUGAGUUCAGCAGUCUGACAGCUUGUUGAGCACAGCACUUUGUAGCUCUGAGCAAGUUUAUUUUAAACUUUGGGCAGAACGAGGAUUAUGUUGAGCAGACAUCCUCUGAGACUGUUCUAGGUUUGGAGAUGGACUAGUGACAGACGAGAGCAGUAACAACAACAACAACAAUAACAACAACAGCUCAUACAGAGUUAGAGUUACAGUGCCAACAGAUCUGAUUUUAGCAUUUAUAAUAAUGACGUUAAUAAUAGUGGUAGGAAUGAUAAAUCUAUUUAAAGCAGCUGUAGUCAAGCUGAUCUGAUUAUGAUCACAAUAAUAACAAUAACAAUAAUGAGACUGAUGUUAAUCGUUGUCACCGACCGUCAGCAGCGAUGAUCCAGAGAAACUUACAUGACAAGAGAGCUCAGGCAAUAACUGACCUGAAGCACACGUGAAAAUCAUUUCAGACCACUCUUUCAGGUUUGCUAAUGCUUAUGCUUGUAUAAAAUGAAGACUGUAUUAUGCAAUGAGGCCGACACUCGCCUGAGGUUACAAAUCAUGAACUGGAACGUUCUCUUAUGUAAGAGCUGUCAGCAGUUUAGGAUUUGAUUCUACACAUCAGGUUUGAAAGCUGUUUGAUUUCACUGUGGGGUUGAGCUUGUAAAAUGGCUCGAGGUGUCUCCCUGCUGGUUUGUUUUGCACCCUUAACCCUCUCUGCACAGGAAACCUUGUUGAAGCUUUACAUGCAGUCCUGAAGAACCCUCCAAUCAACACAAAGAACCAGAACGUGAAGGUGGGUCUGCUCUCCUUUGCCUGCGGAUGGAUUGAAUGUUUGUCAUAUUUUAUCAGUUUGUUGAGCCUGAUAUCAGAACAUGCAGAAGGAGAUUUGGUUCAGGAUUCAUGAGUGUGGAAACAGAAUAUUAAGUUGGUAAAUUGAGCUUUGCAGCAUCUCUCACAUGCCUCCUCUUCUUCCUCUCUCAGGAGCGUGCUGAAGGUUUGGUGCUGAAGGUGCUCAGCGCCUUUAAGAGCAGCGACAUCGAGAAAGCGGUGCAGUCCCUGGAUAAGAACGGCGUGGACCUGCUGAUGAAAUACAUCUACAAAGGCUUCGAGAGGCCGUCAGAAAACAGCAGCGCCGUCCUGCUGCAGUGGCACGAAAAGGUAAAGAACCACAUGACCGUAGAUGAUAUGUUGGUAAAGAGGUAGCCAAAAUAAAAAUGAACAGUGUGAGCUUUGUAAUCUGAGAGCAAAUGUGGCCACAAGAUGCUACAGUCCUGAAUAGAAGAGCUGCCAUAGAAUCCAGCGUGACCACAUUUUCCCUCCUGUGUCUGCAGGCUCUGGCAGCCGGAGGAGUGGGCAGCAUUGUCAGGGUACUCACAGCGAGGAAGACGGUUUAAAGGAUCAGUUCACCCCACAUCACCGGCCGAUGCAGGACAACUGCAUCAGCACUGAACUGUUCAUGUAAUUUAAGAGACGGCACAGGAACUGAAAAGGAAAAACUGUAUUUUUUUUUAACCCAGUGUGAAAGAUCCUGCCGUGUUCAUGACCGGACUGUAAAAGGAAAUCCAAAUCUGGGGCACAUUGGGUUAAAAAAAGAUUUUUUUUCUUUCUUCCUGUGCGCGAUCACAGCCUACUAAAUCAUAUUCCUCAAAGGGUGCUACAGACAACUCUCCACCUCACGUGUCUGUGACCCCCUCCCUGGGUCAUUCCUAUCCACAGCCUGCACAUCAGUGGUUCCCAGCUGAGAGGAAGGCAGUUAAACAAUCAGAAAACAUCCUUCUGCUACACAGAAUUAUGUUCAUUCAUAAGAGAAUUAACAGAUAACAUAGAAACUAAAAAGGAAAAAUUCAUUCUUUGCAACUUAAUUAAAACUCCUGCUGUGGACUCAAAAUGGAUAAUCAAAUCAUAAAGUUAAAAAUGGAUUUGGGUUGCUAAAAUGAUGAUAAAUGAUGACCCAGUGCACACAGCAAAGACGGAGCCACAUUUGUCUCCAUGCAUGUCAAUCAUGCGGUUAUCCCUCUGAAAGCAUUAAGUAACCAAUCAGAGCUCAACUUCUCUGAACAGUUAUUACUAAAGCUUCACUAAAAAUAAGAAAAACCACGUUCUGAAAUCAAAAUUCGACUUGUAUUUUGAGUUUAAAGUUUAGUCCAUGUCCCAUCUGUUUACAUGGAUGAGGCAGGCUUUGUAAAAAACACAGCAGGGAGAGCUCCGAGUCUUUUGGAAAGCUGUAGUUUUUGUCCAUAUUUUUUUACACACUCUCUAAAACUACAUUAGCAGCCAAAACAUGUUGGGAUCCACUGCUGUCUACACUUCCACGGGCAAACACAAUAGUUAUGACCCCCCAGCAAUGUGUCCUCCAUUCAUCACCUCAACAAAACCUCACAACAGAGGCUUUCAGAGUUCAUUCUCUGAGGGAAAAACUCGUUCAGUAUUUGUUUUCUCUGUAACCUUCGCUGCGGCAGAGACUCUCUGACCCUCUCAUGACAUCUCCGCGCUCACAGAUGGACGGAGGAGACCGGAUCUGGAGGCAGGGUUAGAAGUAAGUCGGGGUCGCUGAAAUCCAUCCAUCCUUUCACACUCCCCUGCCCCAGUUAAGGAUUAUCACCCACGAUGCAUCUCCACCGCCACUCAUAUUAAUCCCAUUCUACUCACAUCCACUGUACAUCCGACUCACACGUGCACCAUCUGCUUCUGCACAGAGCAUCGUCGGGAGGCUCUGCUGGUGCUCUUCAUACGAGCCGCAUUUCUCUGCACCAUCAGGAGAACCACCCUCAGACUGAUAUCACAGAUUAUUUUCUUAUUUUAUAUUUAACAGAAAAAUAAUCUGGGAUUAAACGUAUGACUCUUGGUUUUGAUUAUGUUUUAUAAAAAAGAAAAAAAGAUUUAUGCCUCAGUGCUUAAUCCCCAUCAAAUGAAAUUAAAAACACCGCUUUAAAGGGUUAGCACACCUAAUUUGCAGCAGGGAUUAAGAUUAAACAAUGAAAAUGUGUCGUUUUGGAAAUGGAGAGGGAACUUUAUGUGAGAAAAAAGAGAAAUAUGAUUUGCAUGAUUCCACUUUUGAGAGUGUUCUCAAACAUUUCAUACCUGUCUUUUGUACUUAUUUUGUGUCUGUUCUGGAAAAAUUAACAAAGUUUUUGUAUCGAAUUUAAGUUCAAAGAAAUCCUUAACAUGUUUUAACCACCAUGACUUUUAACUUCCAUCACUUUUGUAACACGAGGAGAAAGCGAGGAGGAAGUUUGAUCUGCCUUGUCGGGUGGAUUGUGUCUGUUGCCAAAUGAUUUAUUUUGUUUCAUGAAAAUAUUGUACCAUACAUUUAGGGUUUAGUUCCCCCUGUGUAUUAAUAUGAUGAUUAUUUCACCUUUAAGAGUGUAAAACAAAAAUCAAAGUUUAAGCAAUGCUGUUUUAAAAUUAAGCAACCCGUGUUCCCUCUGUAGACCCUCGCGAUGAGAGCAGCGUAAGGUUUUCUUUAAUUUCCAGUUAAAUAUUGAGCGGGAAAAUCUCCAUUUCUUUACAUGUGGAUCAUAAGUUUCAUCAGCUGACAUGCAGACAUGGAUGCCCAUGUUUGAACACUGUCGUCAUCAUCAGUGAUGAUACAUCCAGACAUUAGAUUCCUCUUUUCUAAUGCAGUAACGUCUGGUUCUACACAAAGACACACAAGAAGGAAGGUUCAGUCUCUUCAUCUUCUUCCUGUUGUUGAUGUAUGUCCAGACAGAGAUGCUCCUCGAGUUGAGAAGAUGAGGGAGCAUACCAGACUGAUGUACAAACUGCCUUACAAGAUAUUCCUUUUUUAUGUUUGUGCUUUUUUGACAAUAAAAAAUAAAAGGUAUGAAUGCUGAUCAGAAACUCAAG